UGCCAUUGCAUUUGAGAGUUGAGCAGAUCGACAACAGUAUCACAAGAUGUCAACACAACAACAAGAAGAGCAGGAAAAAAGAUAUGAUCCAUCAGACACCACAUUAAGAUUUGUCACAAGGCCAGAUGAUAUCACUCUGGAUGAUGACCCCGACUCCUUGAGGGCUGAGAUGUCCUGUGGUCAUGCAGUCACACCGCAGUCUCUCACGGCCUGGUGCCGCAGCCUUCUGGACCAGGGGCAAUAUAAAUUCACUUGUCCUGCACUGGAGGAAGGCACAGUAGAGAAGUGUGGGGAGGAAUGGUCCUACACAGAGAUUCGCAAGCUGGCUGUGCUGACAGCAGAAGAGCAGGCUCACUUUGAGGAGACCAUGGCUAUGUUGGCUGCUGCUGAGUACUGUGAAUACAAAACAUGUCCUGGCUGUCUGUCAUUUGUGGAAAGGCAAGACCUGACCAACCUGUCUGUGCACUGCAAAAUCUGCACCACGCAGACUGGAGAAGUCUAUGAUUUCUGCUGGCAGUGUCUGCGGAGCUGGAUUGGAAUUGCGCCUAGUGCUGACAAGUGUGACAACGAGGGGUGCGUCAACCCAGAUGUGGAGAGGCUGGCCAAGUGUAACCUGCUGACUCUCGAAGAAGUGCAAAAUGUGCGAGUCCCAUCCAUGCGCGCCUGUCCCACAUGUGGCAACAUCGUGGAGCACAAUGGAGCAGGGUGUAAAAACAUCAUAUGCAAUCGGUGUCAGAUUGAGUUCUGCUUUUCCUGCUUGAAACUCACCCCUGAUUGUCUGACCACCAGCAGUUACUUCCUGCUCUGUGAUGGUGGUGUGGCUGACCGCCAGACCAGUAUCCCGUCAUGGGUCAAGUAGCUGUUAGGAGGCGUGUAGUGGAAAGUGCGGAA